CAACCGACGUAAGUCCCUCGCUUCGUUUCGCAUUUUUAGUAAGUCACCCCUGGCCCUAUGUCAAUAAUCAAGUGGUCCGCGAUCGAAAGGCCACGUUUUGGAAUGAAACUGCCAAGAGAUUUACUAGUCGAAUGAAAUGACUUGAGUAUCUAACCCAAACCACGCGCAUACUAUCACGUGCGUGACGUGAGCGACAACCCAAUUUACAAACGCAAGUUCAAGUGUUUGGAUUUGUAGUACCGCACAGGCUUGUCGAGCUAGUGGGGGGUUUAAGCGCAGAUCCUCGGCCCACGUUCGCGGCUUUAUCCCUCGGCUUUCAAACAGACCUUCCCUCCUCCGCCGAGUUGCAAGCUAAGCCAGCCGAAGCUGGUGGUCCGAAAGUCUCCUUAAUCUAACCUGAUCAGUCUAGAUACGGGAAGCUUUUUUCCUCGAGAUAGUAUGGAGAUUUUAAGCGCUCCGCUGUCGGCGCUUGAGACAUACGCCGGGUCGGAUGCGAUCAGAACGGCGGGCAGGCUGCCGCGUGGCGUGGUGGAAAAAGUCAUCAAUGGAGGCGGUGGUAGCGGGAAUCAGCAUCCACGUCAUGGGGGCUCAAGCUCCGAGGGAUCCCAUGGGUCGACUUGGGGUAACACGGUCACUUCCGACGGCCGGAACAGAUCCACACGAGCUGAAACGUCAAUGGAGUCGGCAGGAAAGGACUCCGGUGCCGAGAACUCCGACGAGAGCGAGGCGGGCAAGAGGCGGCGCCAGCGCCGACAGAGGACGCAUUUCACCAGCCAACAGCUGCAGGAGCUGGAAGGGAACUUCGCCCGGAAUCGCUACCCGGACAUGUCCACACGGGAGGAGAUCGCUGCGUGGACCAACCUGACCGAAUCACGCGUCAGGAUUUGGUUCAAGAACCGUCGAGCCAAGUGGAGGAAGCGGGAACGGAACCAGCUGAACGAACUGAAGAACGGCUUCGGCUCACAGUUCAACGGUCUGAUGCAGCCGUUUGACGACGGCUUGUACUCCGGCUACUCCUACAACAACUGGGCAGCCAAGUCGGCAGCCGCAGCCAAGAGCUUCCCGUGGUCUCUCAACUCUCUGGGCUCGGUCACCUCUCAGCCGAUGUGUUUUAACUCGCCCCAGUCGGCGGUCAGUCCGAGUUUCUCCUCGGCUCCCAUGGGCGGCGUGACGCCUCAUCAGAAUCUGGGUCCGUUGGGGCACCAGGCGGGUGCGGCGGCGGCCGCUGCGGCAGGGACAGCGGGCUGCCCGCACGGUUCCUCCCCGUACGUCUACCGAGCCGAGCCCGGGUCGGGCAGUUUAGCCUCGCUGUGUCUAAAGGCCAAGCAACAUUCCGGUAGUGUUGGAGGCUUCACGUACCCUGUACAGAACCACACCCUUUCAGCUUGCCAGUACGCAACGCUCAACGGACAACCUUGAUACCCAAGACUCGCCUCUGAUCUUAGAUGUCGAUAAUCAAUUAAAUUUAUUUUUAAAAAGUGUACAAGUGUUACACCAUCAUCUGAUGAUCAGCAGCAUUCGCACCACGAGCGUAUGCACUCUGUGGAUUCCACUAAAGGGGUCAAACAGAAACACAGAUGUAUGAACCAACAAACAGACCAGUGACUGUACAGAUGUACAACAAGCCCUUCAUGGUAAAACCAUUUUUAAUGUUGAUCAGGUAUUUAGAUUAUUAAUGUUUUUAAGCAUCUCGUUAAAUCAAAAGAACACAUUAGAUAGACAGAUCAGAUGAACUUUCAAGACUUAAAGAGUGCAAUAAAACUUACACACCGUGUACAUACGUAGUUCAACAUCUAGAUUAUUAUGAAGUUGUCUUGGCAACGGUAUUAUUAAACCAAAUACGCCAGGCUCUUCAUUUCAUUUUUAUGCACAAUAUAUACAUUAAUCGUUUAGAGCCAAAUUAGUUAUGAUUCAAAUCAAAUGUUAUUUGGUACGAUCAUAUCUGGUUUUGUCGUUAGCAGUAAUUAUACUUGAAGCUCAACACGGAGUUGUUAUAGAUGUAUGCGAUUUCGUCUCGCGUCACUGUCUAUAGAAAAUGGAAAGUCAUCAACGGUUCAAAUUACGGGAACUUCAAUUCUUGUGCUUGGCUACAAUUCUGGACAUUUUGACCGAAUAGUAAGU